AUGUGUUUCUGGGACAUUUCAUUAGGACAAGUAUGCUAUCCUGAGAUCACACUACCAGUCAACACCACUAGCACCAUCUUCUCCAGCUUCCUGGUCACAGGCAUCCCAGGGCUGGAGGCUGCACACAUUGGCAUCUCCAUACCCUUCUGUGCCAUGUUCCUCAUUGCCCUGGUGGGCAACGUGACCAUCAUGACAGUUAUCUGGAGGGAGCACACCCUCCAUGUGCCUAUGUACCUCUUCCUGGCCAUGCUGGCUGCCUCUGAUCUGGGCCUGUCACUCUCCACCUUCCCCACCUUGCUGCGCAUCUUCUGGCUGGAUGUGCGAGAGCUCACAUUCCCUGCUUGCUUCUCUCAAAUGUUCUUUAUUCACACCUUCCAGGAUGUUGAGUCUGCUGUUAUUCUGGCCAUGGCUUUUGACCGCUAUGUGGCCAUUUCUCGUCCACUGCACUAUUCUUCCAUCCUCACUCACAGGGCGAUUGCCAAGAUAGGUUUGACUAUUGAGGUUCGAACUUUGACAGUACAGAUACCCCUGCCUAUCCUUUUGAAGAGGCUGUGCUUCUGUCGCUCCAAUGUACUUUCUCAUUCCUACUGCCUGCAUCCUGACAUCAUAAAGCUCUCCUGCUCCAAUACCAGGAUCAAUAGCAUAUAUGGACUAUUUGUGCUGCUGUCCACCAUGGGACUUGACUUCCUCCUCAUUCUCCUUUCUUACGUGCUGAUUCUGAAAACUGUGCUGAGCAUUGCAUCCCAUGGUGGGCGCCUCAAGGCUCUCAACACCUGCAUCUCCCACCUGUGUGCCGUGGUCCUCUUCUUCACACCCAUGAUCUGCCUGUCCAUGCUGCAUCGCUUUGGCCCAAGGCUUCCCUCCCACAUCUACGUGACCCUGGCCAACAUGCACUUCCUCAUUCCUCCUGUGAUGAACCCCAUUGUGUAUGUCCUGAAAACUAAGCAGAUUCGAGAUGAAAUCUUGAAACCCUUCUUUAAAAAAGGGUUAGAAAAAUCUCGUCAUAUUUAUAACUUAAAUCUUAUUAAAUGA